AUGGCCGAGAGCCAAAACGCGUGCGUUUCAUUAAUCCGACGGUUAUGGACGGGAUCACGGGUUAAAAGACUCGGGGAGAAGGGAUUUCUCAUUCAUUCAGACUCAGAAAUAUUUCUAAGUGUCCAGAGAGAAACGGUUAUCGAGAGAGAAAGCGGUUUCCGAGAGUUUUCGUCUGUUCCGAUCGAUAUCGACCGUAUCGAUCGUCUGUUCCGACCGAGAGCGCCUGUUUCCGAUCGGUGGUCUGACCGAGAGCCGACCGUACCGAAGAUCCGAGAGCCGAACGUUCGACGAUCCGUCCGAGAGCGUCCGAGCGACCGUUCUGUAACCGUACGAACCUCCAUAGAUUCAAUGGUUGAUGAUUGCUUGUUAAUGUGUCUGAUUGCUUGUCGUACUGAUUCUGAUGGCUUGGUCGGAAUGGUCGGUCUAUUGGCGAGGGUUACUCGGCCGGUGGGCGGGAUGACCGCAUUCACUAAGCAAACUUGUUUGCUUAUGCCUCAUUUUAAUGUGGCAGGAACUGAUCCGACCAUAGGCGCUGCUGCUGCCGCCGCUGCUGCCGCGGCUCCUCCCGUUGGGAUGGAAGCCCUGUUGGGACUGCUCGCCCAAGUGUUGGAGCGUCUGCCCGUUCCUCCCGCUCCCGCAGCGGAACCGGAAGUGGUUGAGGAACCGGUGGAAGUGAAUGUGAAUGUGGGUGUGGAAGAGGAUCCGGGAGAAAGGGUUCCAUCGUAUCUGCGGAUGAUGGAGCAGAUGCAGAAGCUGGGAACCCGGUUCUUCUCCGGAGGUGGAUCCAAGCCGGUUGAGGCGGACCAGUGGAUCACUCGAUUGGAGCGGAACUUUAGUUCCAUCCGUUGUCCCGGACAGUACAAGAGGGACAUUGCGAUCCACUACCUGGAAGGGGAUGCGCAUACUUGGUGGGGAGGUGUAGUUGCUCGGAACGGAGGUGUUCAGAACUGCACUUGGAUGAUCUUCCGUGAGGAGUUCACGAAGAAGUUCUUCCCACCAGAGGCGUUUGAUAGGAUGGAGAUGGCGUUUCUGGAACUGCGCCAAGGCAGUAAGACCGUCCGGGAGUAUGAGGCGGAGUUUAACUCUCUGAAGAAGUUCGCUGGGCGCGAACUGGACAGAGAGAGCGCGCAAGUCCUCGAGAAGGCGGCUCAGCAGGAGACUGGAAUGAUCGAGGAGAUGAAACUGAUGGGAAAGGAACUCCAUGUUCAGUCUAAGAACAUAGUCGGGAAGAACCCGAACGCUUCCGGCAAGUCGACUGCGGGACGCAGUGCAUGUCCGGAAUGCGGAAAGAAUCAUGCUGGCCCGUGUAGGAAGGCUUCUGGUGCAUGUCUUCGCUGUGGAAGUCAGGACCACAAGGUUCGUGACUGUCCAGAGGAAGAUAAGAGGCCGAAGGAUCAGGCUAAGGAAGGCCGAGUAGUGGUCUGUUACGGAUGUAACGAGACGGGACACUACAAGGACAAGUGCCCACACAGACAGACAACUGGGAAGCGAGCAAGUGAGGGACCGGACUCGGGUGCAAAGAGGCAGGCGGUCACUCCUCGUCUGUACUCGAUUGGAGAUGCGGCCACGGACCCAAGCUCAUCUCGUCCGAUCACUGGGACCUUAAUCAUGGGUGGCGUGGCGGCCCAUGUUCUGUUUGAUUCGGGUGCAUCGCAUUGCUUUGUACACCCGAGUCUGGUCGGCACUGGCGAGUUCCGCAAGGAACCCGGUGAAGACCAUGGGAUGGUUCAAGCGGCUGGUGGCCAAGUUAUGUUUACCUUGGGGAAGAUCAGGAACGUGUCGGUUAUGAUCGGAGAGGUAAACAUGCCAGCUGACUUGGUGAUUUGCGAGGUGAAGUCUUAUGAUGUGAUCCUUGGAAUGGAUUGGCUUGGGAAGCACAAGGCACAUCUAGACUGUCAUCGGGGAAGAGUGUGGUUUGAAACCGAGAAGGGUAAACUGAAGUAUCAGGGAGUUAGACCGACAGCGGGAAGCUUGAUCAUCUCGGCGGUCCAAGCGGAUCGGAUGAUCGAGAAGGGCUGUGAAGCGUACUUGGCCGCGAUCACUACUACGGAAGUCGGGAAAGACGCUAGCCUUAGCGAGAUUCCAGUAGUUAGUGAAUUCGAGGAUGUGUUCCAGGCAUUGUCUGGACUGCCUCCGGAUCGAUCGGAUCCGUUCACGAUCGAACUGGAACCUGGAACCGCCCCGGUGUCUAAGGCAUCUUACCGGAUGGCGCCGGCUGAGAUGGCCGAACUGAAGAAGCAGCUGAACGACCUAAUGGAAAAGGGUUUUGUUCGGCCAAGUAGUUCGCCAUGGGGUGCACCUGUUCUGUUCGUGAAGAAGAAAGACGGAAGUUUUAGACUCUGUAUAGAUUACCGCGGUUUGAACCGGGUAACAGUGAAGAACAAGUACCCUCUCCCGAGGAUAGACGAGUUGUUGGACCAACUCCGAGGUGCUACUUGGUUCUCAAAGAUCGAUUUAGCCUCGGGCUAUCAUCAGAUUCCGAUAGCAGAGUCGGAUGUGAGGAAGACCGCCUUUAGGACGAGGUACGGUCACUAUGAGUUCGUGGUCAUGCCGUUCGGGCUGACCAAUGCACCGGCUGCAUUUAUGAAACUCAUGAACAAUGUGUUCCGAGAUUGCUUGGAUGAGUUCGUUAUCAUCUUCAUUGAUGAUAUACUGAUUUACUCUAAGAGUCCGGAGGAACAUACGGUCCAUUUGAGUACGGUGAUGAAGCGGUUGCGGGAGCAUCACCUAUUCGCCAAGCUCAGUAAGUGUAGCUUCUGGCAAAGGGAAAUUGGAUUCCUAGGCCAUGUGGUCUCGGACAAGGGAGUGUCCGUGGAUCCGGAGAAGAUCAAGUCGAUCGCAGAAUGGCCAAGACCAAGGAAUGCGUCGGAGAUAAGGAGCUUCUUAGGUCUGGCCGGAUAUUACAGACGGUUCGUGAAGGGAUUUGCGAGUAUGGCGUCGCCCAUGACUCGACUCACCGGAAAGGAUGUUUGGUUUGAGUUGUCGGCCGAGUGUGAGAAGUGUUUUGGGAAGCUUAAGGACAUGCUUACCAGCACUCCGGUCUUGACCAUACCGAGGCCGGAUGAGCCGUAUACGGUGUACACAGACGCAUCUAAGACAGGACUUGGGUGUGUACUGAUGCAACACGGAAGUGUUAUUGCCUAUGGGUCUAGGCAGUUGCGGAAACACGAGUGUAACUAUCCUACACACGAUCUGGAGAUGGCCGCGGUAGUGUUCGCGCUGAAGAUUUGGAAACCUUACUUGUAUGGUGCCAAGGUUCAAGUCUUCACGGAUCACAAGAGUUUGAAGUACAUCUUCACUCAGCCAGGAUUGAACAUGAGACAGCAAAGAUGGAUGGAGUCCAUUGCUGAUUUCGAUGUGGAUAUAGCUUACCAUCCGGGUAAAGCUAACUUGGUCGCGGAUGCCUUAAGCCGGAAGAGAGUGGCUAAGGAUUCGGACAAGGAUAUGUCUGGUCUGGUCGAGAUGAUCGGGACAUUAAGACUGGCCGCCUUGACUGACGAAUUGGAACCGUUAGGUCUUGGUGCGGCGGACCAGGCGGACUUACUGACUAGAGUCAGAUUGGCUCAGCAGUUGGACGAGGAGUUGGUUAAAGCGUCCAAGAAUGAGCAGACUGAGUAUCAGGUUUCUAAGAAUGGAACGAUCGUGGUGCACGGUCGAGUGUGUGUUCCAAAGGAUCAGGAACUGCGGGAAGAGAUCCUUAAGGAAGCUCACCAUUCAAAGUUUUCCAUUCAUCCGGGAUCGACCAAGAUGUAUCAGGACUUGAAAAGAUACUAUCAUUGGGUCGUGAUGAAGCGGGAUGUGGCUAAGUGGAUAGCCGGAUGCCAAACCUGUCAAAUGGUUAAGACAGAACAUGAAGUGCCGGGUGGAUUGUUGCAGAGUCUACCUAUCCCAGAAUGGAAAUGGGAUAUGAUCACGAUGGACUUCGUGACCGGACUGCCCGCGUGCGGAAAGUUGGAUGCGAUAUGGGUUAUAGUCGAUAGACUGACUAAGUCUGCGCAUUUCCUGGCUAUCAUCUCGGAUAGAGAUGCGCGGUUUAGUUCUUCUUUCUGGAGAGCGUUUCAGAAACGUCUCGGUACUAAGGUACACAUGAGUACGGCCUAUCAUCCUCAGACGGAUGGCCAGUCGGAACGGACUAUCAGAACACUCGAGGACUUGUUGAGAACGUGUGUUCUGGACUGGGGCGGCAAGUGGAAGGAUUACUUGCCUUUGGCCGAGUUCUCAUACAACAACAGUUUUCAGGCAAGCAUUGGGAUGUCGCCAUAUGAGGCACUGUAUGGUCGACCUUGCCGAACACCGUUGUGUUGGACUCAAGUGGGGGAGCGGAGUCUCUAUGGUCGGGACUUCGUGGAAGAAACCACUGAACGGAUUAGAGUCCUGAAGCUGAAGAUGAAAGAAGCUCAGGAUCGGCAAAAGAGUUAUGCGGAUAAGCAUCGCCGGGAGUUAGAGUUUCAGGCCGGAGACAUGGUCUUCGUCAAGCUGAUAACCUUUAAGGGAAAGGAUAAGGCUGCGGCGACUGGGAAGCUAAAGCCGAGGUACAUGGGACCGUACAAAGUCCUGGAAAGGAUUGGAGCUGUAGCGUACAAGUUGGAAUUGCCACCAGCCUUGGUCGCGUUCCAUCCGGUCUUUCAUGUAUCUUUACUGAGGAGACGCGUGACAAACGGGGAUAACGUUGUGUCCGAACCUCCGCCCGACUUACAGGAGAAUCUGACGGUCGAAGGCAGACCGGUUCGGAUAGUAGGUCGAAGGGUCAAGUCAGUUGGCCGGAAGAGAAUUAAGAUGGUGCAAGUCGUUUGGGACUGUGAAGGAGAAGAAGAAACGACUUGGGAACCAGAAAGUAGGAUGGAAGAGAAAUUCUCUAAGUGGUUUGAGAAGCAACCGAAGGCUCCACCAAAGCCUAAGAAAGGCAAGGAUUCGAGGGCGAAUCCAAAUGUCGAAGGAACUGAGCUGGAUCAGUCAGCUGGCCGAGGUAGUGAGCUGAGUGGCCGAGCUAGCUGA